UCUGCAGGCAUGUAACUGCAGAGACGUCUAUAUAAAUGAUCUCGUCUCUCCUGAAAGGUAAAUUGCACUUUCUUUAAUAACAUGGGAUUUAGAGAGUCCGUGGGAUCAUGCGUAAGACUUACGCCAAUGUGGUGAUCAGCGGCAGGACACCGAGAUGGUACAUCAUUAAAGCGGACAACGUGGUAAACGGCAGUGUUCAGGCAAAACAACGUUUCAGCUGAUUGAUGGUGCUUCGAUGUGCAAGCGAAUCGUUUUCGCACGGGACACUUCGACUGUUUCUGCCGAUGUCAGUGGAUGUUGACGGAGCGCAACGCAAGCCGCAGAUCACAUUUAAGCGGUUUACUUCUCAGCCGGCACUCCGUGCACUAUGUACCGCUCCCUCCCGUUUUCACACGCAAUCCUCUGCCGCUGUUGCCCCUGCGUUUGCCCGAACAGUUGCAUCGGUAGAACAGAAAGGUGCAGAUGGAGUUGUUAUUCAACUCAAGAAAUCUCUGCUGAAGCUCGGGUCAACAUGGGACGCAAAGAGGCAUCUGAUGAGUGGAAGAAGAGGACCGAUAACAUCCAGGAUGUCUUUGACUUCAUUGAAAUCCUGGGAUCGGGUGCUUUCUCUGAGGUGUUCAUGGUGAAGGAGAGAAAGACAGGCAAGCACUUUGCCCUGAAGUGUGUGAAGAAGAAGCCAAAGAGGGACAACAUCCUCGAGAAUGAGAUUGCUGUCUUGCAGAGAAUCAAGCAUGAGAACGUCGUGGGUCUGGAGGGCAUCUACGAGAGCCGCACUCACUACUACCUCCUCAUGCAGCUCGUCUCCGGUGGCGAGCUGUUUGACCGCAUCCUGGAGCGCGGCGUGUAUACAGAAAAGGAUGCCAGCCUGGUGAUCCGGCAGGUGCUACAGGCAGUCAGCUAUCUCCACAAGAACGGCAUUGUGCACCGUGACUUGAAGCCAGAGAACCUGCUGUACUACAGCACAGAUGAGAACUCCAAGAUAAUGAUCAGUGACUUUGGCCUGUCCAAGAUGGAAGACAACGGUAUCAUGUCUACUGCCUGUGGGACGCCAGGAUAUGUGGCCCCCGAGGUUCUGGCUCAGAAACCCUAUAGCAAGGCUGUGGACUGCUGGUCCAUCGGCGUCAUCACCUACAUUCUGCUGUGUGGAUAUCCCCCCUUCUAUGAGGAAACAGAGACUCGGCUCUUCUCCAAAAUUAUGAAAGCACAGUACGAGUUUGACUCGCCCUUCUGGGAUAACAUCUCUGACUCCGCAAAGGAUUUCAUCGGAAACAUGAUGCAGAAGAACCCGAGGAUGCGUUACACCCCAGAGCAGGCCCUCCGACACUCGUGGAUUACAGGGGAAACAGCCCGCUCCCAGGACAUUUACCAGUCAGUCAGCCAGCAGAUCCAGAAGAAUUUUGCCAAGUCCAAGUGGAAGCAAGCCUUCAAUGCCACCGUGGCCAUUAACCACCUGAAGAAGCUGCACCUGGCCCACUGCGAGGCCCUCGCUGCCAGUGCUCAAGCCCUCGAGCAGCUCCCUGACGUGGAGAUAGUGGAUCUGUCGUCUCCUGAGGAGAGCCGGCGGGAGCUGGAAGUCGAGGACCUGGAACCUGGACCGCACAGCCGCACUGCGCUUCCUCUGGGGCCCAGUGAGACCAAAGAGCAUUGCUAUGCGCUGAGGAGCAGCCACAGUGAGCCGGGCCGCAGCCUUAGCAUCGCCGCGAAGGACCGGCAUCCCUAUCGCUCUGAGCCCACCAGCCUCAACGGGGCAGCCUGCCACUACAGCACCGUGACCAUUGGAACCCAGGACACCAUGCAGUCCCUGCAGACUGGCGUGUGCUCCGUCAUGUGAUCACGGCAGUAUGAGCAGGACAGAGCAAGAGUCUGACGGCUUUUGUGCUGAAAACUCAGCUUGACAGUGGUUCAGCUGGACCUGCCCAGAUGCAUGUUUGUAUGGAUGUGGGUCACUCUGACUGGCUGAGUGAAUCCAGCACGCAGCCCAAGCAGAAUCACUCUGAAAGUAAAGCAAUGCAGAGUGCCUGGAAAACCUAAAACAAACACAUAUGUAUACAGUGUCAUCACAUACGUGUUCUAUGUUCCGUAUGUUCAAAACAGGCCACAAACUCACUAUUGUAAGUGGCUAGUGUUGACUUUGUUGCUUUGACCGACGGAGUGUAUUUGAACGUGCUGUGUCCGUUGCUCUGUGACUGAACUUGUGUAAAGGACUGUACAGCAAAAAUGGGCUGCGCUUAAAAGUCCAGCUGGCGCCGUCAUCGGUGGACAAGUGUGCUUUCAGCCGUGGGAUGUUGGACUCCCACUGGACCAUACUGGCAGAACCAGGGUUACGCCUCAUUUCUUAGCACUCAUCCCGGGGCAUCCUGGAAGGUAGGCGCGGAUUUGCUAAGCGUCUGCUGUACUGUCAUCUGUACUCAUGAGGGCGUAGUUGAGCUGUCAUUCAGAAGGGGACUGUGGAACCCUGUGGUGGGAGGGAAGGAGAGCCUACGGGAGGUCAGUGCUGCCAUUCCACGGAGGAUUUCCUGCAGAGGAGUAGUGUGCUGUUCUUUGGGAUUAUUUUUGUACCUUUCUUUGUAAAAUCACACAUUCCUAGAGCGUAUGGAAUGAUGCUGCUCUUGAGGGUCACCCACAGCUCGCCUACAGCUGCGAAUGUCUUUGAGUUUUGAAAACUUGAGAUUUGCCAACGUGCCAAUGCUCAUUAUAUCAGGGUGAGGUGGUGGUGGGGGGGGGUUCACUGUUACAUAUUACAUAUGAAUGUCUAUGACUGUAAUCUGGUGUGUAAUCUGUAAUCUGUUAUGGAGAUAUAAUUAUUACUGUAGUUCUGCUAUUGUCACGGCCGGAAUACAGAGUACAAGCUUUUGUUGUGUAAAUACAAAAACACGCCGUCUGAUCCCGAAUAAAGCCUGGGGUUAACGCCA